UCAGGCUGGUGUCCCGGGACCCGAUCAAGAUCAACACGUAGCUAAAAAGCAAAAGUCUCUGCAGUUGGUGGCGGUAAUGUUGUUUUGCCAACCGCUAAUAAACCACGAAGAAGAAGAAGAACGACACAACGGACACGGAAGUGCGCAAGUUGGUUGUAAACACAGCUGUGAAGCUUUGGCUGUUGACGUUACUUUCAAAAACAUGGUGUACGUGUCCAACGGUCAGGUCCUGGACAGCAGGUCCCAGUCACCAUGGCGAUUGUCCUUACUAGUCAAUCUCUUCUGGGGAGCAGUGGAAUUCAUCGGCAUGUUUUUUAAAUCAAUUUUUCACCCCGACAUGACAAAGGAUGGAAACUAUGGUUCGUCACGCUUUACUGAUGGCAGAGGUCCUCCAGGUCCCCCUGGUGGCAGACGACGGAUGGGAAGAGUAAACCACGAUUCAGGUCCCAGCGCUCCACCGAUGGGUGGAGGAGGAUGAGGAAGGUAAAUGCCUACACGGAAUGUGUAGGCAUGGGGCCUGGCACAGUGUUCAUUUGCUCAGAACAAUGGUGAUGUCACAGUGCUGAAGCCCCUCUUCAUCGGCUGCCGCUGCCAUGAGCAGUUUUUUGAUGCCUUUCUGGGAAUUCCUACACGUAGGGGCCAGAAUGGCUGAUACAGCAGCUAUCCAUAUCUUUUCCUCUUUCAGCUCCAACCCUUUCCUUUCACACCAGUCUCUUAGAGAUGUGUGUUACUGAUGUCUCGAUUUUGAUCAUCCCUUCUGGGAAUAAUAAAUAAUAAUAAUAAUGAUAAUAAAGUUUGUCUUUGUUUUGCAUUUGUCUGUCUGAUCAAUAAAUGUGCGAUGUUUAAACAUGUUACUAC